GGUGUGAGUGUGGUGUUGCGUGUGUAAUGGUGUGUGCACGUGUACGCGUACAUCUACUGCGUAAUUAAAAUAACAAAAGGGUUGAAAAUAAUAAAAAAAACCACUGGGUCUGCCGUUCUUUAGUCUGACUCGAAUAGACAGGCUCGAGCCGAAACCUCAAACCUCGGUCGAAUCGAACCCAGAAAAAGUCCAAAAAGAACCGGCGACACACGACCCACACACAGUACGCGCACCUGUUCCGCCCCUCUUCCUUCCGCCUCCCGCCCGCCACUCGGAUUUCGGGGAGCACACGAUGCAAAAAAAGCAUUUUCUCACAUUUCUUCCUCCUCUUCUGCCCUGACGUUAACGACUCGCGAUUCGCUAAGCUCCUCCUCGUCUCUCUUCCCCCUCGAUUUCUUCUCCCCGGGGGCUUAGAUCUAGAGAGAACCCCGCCGAUGCUCCCGAUGGUGAUGCUCCAGGGCGGCGGCGGCGCCGCCUCGUCGUCGUCGUCGAAGCGGCGGAACCAGCAGCGCAGGCAGCGGCGGAAGCGCGCCGCCGCGGGGAAGAAGCAGGGAGGAUCCCCUGCCUCAGAAAAUAAUGGAGAGGAGCAUGCUGAUGCUCAAGGAUGCUUACCUGACAUCUCUACUAGCAAGUCUGAAAAUUACAAGGAACGUGCCUUUUCAACUCAAGGAGAUUUGCCCCAGAAAGCAGGUUGUGAUUUGGAAGCAAAUUUGUGCGCAGAAUCAGUGCAAAGUUCGUCCAGUCAGUUGGUGCAUUCAAAUGAGAAUAGCAAUCCAAAGCGUCCAGAAGUGAAGAAUGCUAACUCAGCAGGGAAUUCAGAACAUUGCAUGCUCGACACCAGGAAAACUACAGAUCAUGAUACAUCUUCCAUGCCACUUCAAGAUUCUAGGUUUGAUGCAAAUGUCAGGAUCGACGGCCUACACUCCACAACUGAAGAGAGAGUUUGUCAAAGCACAGUCGGUGAUGGUUUUACCGGCAUGUCAAAUGCUAGUUACAACCCUUACAGUGUACAGGAGAACCAGAGGAUAGGACCUUUUAUGAGAGAACCUUAUACCCUGCACAGCCAUUUUCUGCAUCCAUCACAUGUUAGGGGUUACAUAGGCAACAAGUUUAUGGGUUUUCCUCCUGUACACCCAAUGAAUGCAUUCGAUCCAUUCAAUCAAGGUUUUAACUUCUUCCAUACAGGAAAUAUCCCUCCUUACGGUGUAUCAGAUGUUCAUCGUGGUCUAAACAUUUAUGGAUUAAGUACCAUGGGGAAAUGGGAAUAUGAUUAUGGAAGACAUAUGGAUUAUACCAAUGUAGAGAGAAAUGAACUGCGCAUGACAGAAGAAGCUUACUUAUCAACACACAAUAGUGCUAACUUCAUAAGGCCUUCAAGUUUACCUCUGACAUAUCAGCAAAAGCCUCCAAUCACCUUGUUACCAAGAGUAUCCUUGACAGGGUUUCGGAAGAAAAAACUUCUUAUUCUAGAUCUUAAUGGUUUGCUUGCGGACAUCAACCAAGAUUACCACAAUUCCCAUAUGGCUGAUGCAAAGGUUCGAGGCAAACUAGUCUUCCGAAGACCUUACUGCCACGAUUUUCUUAGUUUUUGCUUACAAAAUUUUGAGCUAGGCAUAUGGUCCUCAAGAAAAAAGCAGAAUGUUGAUUCAGUCAUUGAUAUCAUCAUGAGAGAUUUCAGACCUUUGCUAAAAUUUUGUUGGGACAUGUCUAAAUGCACAUUUACUGGACACAAAACAUUGGAGAACAUUCACAAACCAUUGGUACUGAAGGAAUUGAGGAAACUGUGGAACAAGGAAGAACCUGAUCUACCGUGGGAGCAGGGGUACUAUUCGCCUUCUAAUACGUUACUUGUGGAUGAUUCUCCUUACAAGGCACUGCGUAAUCCGCCAUAUACUGCCAUUUUCCCUCAACCCUACAGUUAUCUUAACAGCAACGAUAAUUCAUUGGGCCCUGGUGGAGAUCUUCGUGUUUAUCUGGAGAACCUCACAGUUGCAGAAGAUGUCGAGUGCUACGUUCGCAACAAUCCAUUUGGCCAACCUUUCAUCACACAGAGUGAUCCACACUGGAGCUUCUAUGCCCAAAUAGCUAGCUAGUUACUCUAUUUCCUGAGUUAUAGGAAUAUUAGUUCUCUGUUUAUUUUUCCUUUUUCCUGUCCAUGGGAUAUUUUUGCAACGUAUAGGUAUUGCAGUGUUAAUGAGAAGGUACUCCUAUGUACCUUCUGGGUAGAGUUAUUAUAUACCAUGAUUAACACUAUUGUAUACCUCUGCCUCUUAAUACUAUUUCCCAAGGACCAAAUUCUCCAUUUAAUAUAGGAAUUUGCUCUACAGCUUGUAUGUCGAUCUUCUGAUGGUUGUUCCAACUCCAGACCAGGCGGAAAGUUAUACUCUGUUAUGGUACCCUUGUAUACGCUACUUUAAAAGCAUAUUGGAAAAAAGAUUGAAAUCA